AUGGCGGAUAUCAAUAGACGAAAGGUUGGUUUUCAUUUGAAAAUGAUUUUUUGAAUUUAAAUUUCGAUUCAAAUAAUUUCAGCGCCUCCAUGAAUUGGUGGAUUUCCGCGAGGAAUUACGAGAGCAACAAGUAAAUUUGGUGAGUAAAAAUUGAAACAAUUUUGAACUGGAAAAUAUACGUUUCAAAAACAGUUAUUGAAAGAAAUGAAAAUUUUUAUUUGAUCGCGUUGUACAUUGAAAAUCAUAAAAAUUUUUGAUUUUCAAUGAAGUCUUCAAAAAAUUUUGAAACUUCUCGAGAAAUGAUCAUAAUACUCUCAAAUUUUCAGGAACACGAAGAACUCCAAUUCGGAAUCGCUAUUCAAAAACGCACCGAAAUCCUAAAUAAAUCCAGUGAUGAUCAAGAUAAAUCAGAUUCCGAAGAUGAAGAUCAUUUUUUGGAAAGUCUACGAAUUUCUGAGGAAAAUAUUGUAAGUUCCUAGAAAAAUUCUAGGUUCUGUAAAAAAACUGUAUCUUUAGCACCAACAUCGUCAAAAAAUGCUCGAAAUCCAAUCAAAAAUCAUUGACAUCAAAGAAAGUAUUCUGGUGAGCUUCUGAUUUGAAUUAUAAAUUUUGAAAUUGAAAAACAAAUGUUUUCAGAGUCUUGAAAUUCUCAUUAAAAUCGACGAGCAAAAACAAAACGGAUUAUCAACAAAGUGA